AUGUCAAAGGUCAUCUAUGCUGAACCAGAUAUGAACAAGAGGGUCAAGUUUGACAGAGGUGAGAUGGAGGAGAUGAUUGUUGAUAUCUACGUCAGUGCAGACACCCUGAGAGACGCAGAGCCUGAUAGCCCAGGGAAGAGACCCUUCCUAGUUGCUGCAGUGUAUCUGGGGCUGCUGUGUGUUCUCCUACUGGCUGGGAUCAUAGGCCUGUCUGUCUACUAUAACAGAGCCAUCAAAGAUUCUGAGGAUAAAAGGAACAACUUGUCACAGAGUUUAUCACUUUAUAAGACUAACGCAACUGCAGAGAGAGACCAGUUACAGACCAGAUACAACAACCUGACUGAAGAGAGAGACCAGUUACAGACCAGAUACAACAACCUGACUAUAGAGAAAGACAGGCUUCAGAAUUUGCUUUGUGGUCAGUGAGCUGGUUUUCAUACCUUUCUUUAUUAUAAAGACAAUGUUUCAUUGAGAUCUAAAAAAACAUGUUGUGACGGAUGGAAGAAGUUUGAAUCCAGUUGGUACUUCCUCUCUACUGAGGAGAACACCUGGGAGAAGAGCAGACAGGACUGUCUGGAGCGAGGAUCAGACCUGGUGAUCAUAAACAGUGAUAAGGAACAGGAGUUUCUCUUCAACUUCAAGAAGAGAGUCUGGAUUGGUCUGACUGACAGAGAGACAGAGAAGACCUGGAAAUGGGUGGAUGGAACACCACUGACCACAGAAAGGUACUGGCAUGAACCACAGCCUGAUAAUGCAGGUCCUACUGGGGACGAGGACUGUGUUGAGAUACGUACUGAUCAGAGUCCUCUGGAGGCAUGGAAUGACAUGUCAUGCGACCUGAAACUCAACUGGAUUUGUGAGAAAGUGGUUUAUCAUCACCAUGACAACAUACUGUAAAACACAGCAGCCUAUAGUACAGACAACCUCCUCCUUCAUUCUCUGUCUGUCUGUCGCUGUCUGUCUCUGUCUGUCUGUCGC